GCUGCCCCGGCCCUGCCGCGGGGACGGCGGGAGGAGCGCGGCAGCCGCGCGGCGUCGGGAGCCGCUCUGCGCCCUCCCUGCCGCUGCUGGGGCAGGUAAAGGCGGGCUGGGGGCUGGUCCCUCCUCCCCUGGCCGUCGGGGAAGGCUGCCCGGGCGGCGGGUCUGACUCACCGCCGCGGUGGGCGAGAGGGUCGGAAGCAGUGACCCCCGGGCUCGGCGUAGGAGGAGGGAAGGGAGAGCGCCGGGAGACAGCUGAGCGAAGAGCUAUACUUACUAUUUGUUUUAGUGUUCCAUCUGAACAACUGAAAUGAGACUGAAGACUUCACUCUUAAAGGAACCAAAGCAUAAAGAAUUAGUUAGCUGUGUGGGAUGGACUACAGCUGACGAGCUAUAUUCCUGCAGUGAUGAUCACCAAAUUAUGAAAUGGAACCUUUUAACUAGUGAGACAACCCGAGUAGUGAAACUUCCAGAUGAUAUUUAUCCCAUAGAUCUUCACUGGUUUCCCCGAAGUAUAGGUGGGAAGAAGCAGUCCCAUGCUGAGACCUUUGUUCUAACAAGUUCUGAUGGGAAGUUCCACUUGAUUUCAAGAUCAGGGAGAGUGGAGAAAAGCAUAGAAGCACACACUGGGGCUGUGCUGGCGGGACGGUGGAAUUCCGAGGGAACAGCACUGGUCACAGUUGGGGAAGAUGGCCAAGUGAAAAUCUGGUCUAAAACUGGAAUGCUGAGAUCCACUUUGGCUCAGCAAGGAGCACCAGUGUACUCAGUAGCCUGGGGACCUGAUUCUGAAAAAGUUCUCUAUACUUCAGGGAAGCAUCUGAUUAUUAAACCUCUUCAGCCCAAUGCUCAAGUUUUGCAGUGGAAAGCCCAUGAUGGACUUAUUUUAAAAACUGACUGGAACUCAGUUAAUGAUCUUAUUAUUUCUGCAGGUGAAGACUGUAAAUACAAGGUCUGGGACAGUCACGGACGCCUGCUGUACAGCUCCCAGCCCCAUGAAUAUCCUAUAACCUCUCUUGCCUGGGCUGGGGAUGGAGAAUUAUUUGCUGUGGGGUCUUUCCAUACUCUGCGUCUGUGUGAUAAAACUGGGUGGUCUUAUGCUUUGGAAAAGCCCAACACUGGCAGCAUAUUUAAUAUUGCUUGGUCUGUUGAUGGCACUCAGCUAGCUGGAGCAUGUGGAAAUGGACAUGUCAUUUUUGCCCAUGUUGUGGAGCAACGGUGGGAGUGGAAGAACUUUGAAAUAACGUUAAUUAAGAGGAGAACCAUGGAGGUGCACAACGUUAUGAACGACACGGUAGACUCGUUGGAGUUCCGAGACAGGGUUAUCAAGGCCUCUUUGAACUAUGGGCAUUUGGUGGUUUCAACUUCUCUGCAGUGUUACGUGUUUUCUACAAAGAACUGGAACACACCACUGAUCUUUGACCUGAAGGAAGGAACAGUCAGUUUGAUUCUACAGGCAGAAAGGCAUUUUCUUCUUGUAGAUGGUGGAGGACUUUAUUUAUAUUCAUAUGAAGGAAGAUUAAUUUCCUCUCCGAAAUUUCCAGGGAUGAGAACAGACAUUUUAAAUGCCCAGACAGUAUCUCUGAGCAAUGAUACUCUAGCAGUCAAAGACAAAGCUGAUGAAAAGGUUAUCUAUAUAUUUGAAGCUUUAUCUGGAAAGCCAUUGGGUGAUGGAAAACCUCUAACCCAUAAGACGGAAAUUGUGGAGAUUGCUUUGGACCAGAAAGGACUUACAAGUGAAAGGAAAAUAGCUUUCAUUGACAAGAACAGAGAUCUUUACAUUACUUCAGUGAAACGGUUUGGAAAAGAACAGAAGAUUGUCAAAAUAGGGACCAUGGUUCAAACUUUGGCUUGGAAUGACUCCUCCAACAUUCUUUGUGGGAUUCAAGGGACCCGGUUUACAGUCUGGUACUACCCCAACACAGUCUAUGUUGAUAAAGAUCUUUUGCCAAAAACACUGUAUGAAAAAGAUGCAAGUGAAUUUAGUGAAAAUCCCCAGAUUGUGCAUUUUGUAGGAAAUCAAAUAACAAUUAGAAGAGCAGAUGGUUCACUUAUUCACCUCAAUAUUUCACCUUAUCCUGCGGUUCUUCACGAGUAUGUUAGUGGUUCUAAGUGGGAAGAUGCUGUCAGAUUGUGUCGUUUUGUCAAGGACCAAACUAUGUGGGCCUGCUUAGCUGCUAUGGCCAUUGCCAACAAAGACAUGGCUACAGCAGAGAUCGCCUAUGCAGCCAUCGGAGAGCAUGACAAGGUGCAGUAUAUCAAUUCCAUCAAAGAUCUUCCAUCAAAAGAGUCCAGGCUGGCUCAUACACUGUUGUUCAGUGGAAACACCCAGGAAGCUGAGACCCUGCUCCUCCAGACAGGCCUUGUUUACCAAGCCAUUCAAGUCAACAUUAAUCUGUACAACUGGGAUAGGGCCCUGGAUCUGGCAGUGAAGCACAAGACACAUGUCGACACCGUCCUGGCUUAUCGACAGAAGUUCCUAGAGGACUUUGGUAAAAAAGAAACCAACAAAAGAUUUUUGCAAUAUGCAGAAGGUCUGGAAGUUGAUUGGAAUAAAAUCAAAGCCAAAAUUGAGAUGGAAAUGGCUAAAGAAAGAGAACGAGCAGCAGCCAGUCCUGCAGUGAGAGGAAGUGUAACUGUGCAGCAGUAACUGUCCUUUUGGUCACCUUAGGAAGUGCUUCUUGCAGAUUUUAUACUGGCAGAUUUUGACAAACAUGAUUUUUUUUUUUGCCACAGCAAACCUUUUGUGGGGAACAGAAGUGGGGAUUGGUAUAGUUCCUGGUAAUUGUUGGAUGACAAGCAGAAUUCUGUAUUUACUACAGCCUCAUUUUGAGGUGGGUUUAUGCUGUGGUGCCCUAGCUCCAGUGAGUGGCUACGUUGUAGUCCAUAAUACUUGUAUGAGAAAAGAGGAAAAUUAACUGUCUUUCCAUUACUGGCUUCUAAAUUUUCACCACCAUUCAAAUGAUUUAACCUUGGUUGCCUCUAAUUAAGUACCAAUUUCCCUGUUUAACCACCUAGUUAAGUAGUUUGCUUAAUUCUGCAACUUCAGGGACCUCUGAAAAGACCUGUUUAAAUGGCCCUACAUUUCUCAGACUGUAAGUGCUGAAAAUUGAAAAAGGAGCUUGCACCUAUAAAGAGCAAAAGAAUGUUUCCCCCACAGUUAAGGUAAUAUAUAUUUCUGCUGUAGCAGGUUCUUUAAUACCUUCUUUCAGGUUACUUCAGCCAUUCAGGUUUGUCACUGUAGCAGACUAUUUAGCAAGAAAGGGUAUUAAACAAUUUAAGUAGUUUAAAAUGCUAUGGAAUGUGCUUUCAGAGGGGUUUGAGGUAACAAGCAGCACUGUUGAUUGGGUUUGUAGCAUCUGACAUGUGCAAUUGACACCAGUAAGGAGAGCUUCCUUAAGGUUAAAGUUUCUUGUUAAAUUAAAGUAAGGAAGAGCUUUCCACAUAAUUUUUUUUCUGCCCCAGGCACCUGAUUUGAAAAUACUGGGUUUUAGAUUUGUAUUCUUUCACCAAGAUUUGGUGAAAGACUUUGUCUUUGUUUUACACAGGAAAGUGGCUGCAGAUGUUGGAAGUUCUUUGCAGGAGCUUUUUGCCUUAUAAAUAUGUGAGCAGGUUAUUCAUAACUGACAUUGUAUCAUAUGUAUCUUUCAAAUGUUGCCAUCAAAAUGUUAAAUAUCUGUGUAUUUGAAAUAUUCCUCAAUUUUGUAAAUCUUUACAUGACACUUUUUUGGCAAAGUUAUACAUUUCUUAAUAAAAACAAGUAAAGGUGCAUCUAACAGAUGAUGCACGAGGUGA